CAGCACCACCGGCAGCACCACCGCCCAUGGCGUCCGCAGCGACCGCGGUGACCGUGGCCUCGCCGCCCAUGCAGUCCGCAGUGCCCAGCAUGGCGCCCGCCCCGCCCGCACCGCCCUCGGGCGCGUCCUCGCUGUCGUUCACGCAGGGCUUCCUGGUGGGCCAGUUCUCAAUUGCGCUGCUCAUCUUCUGCUUCAUCAAGUUCUUCAUCUUCGGCGAGCCGCCGUCGGCCGACGACCGCGCCCUGCACCUCAGCUCGCUGCGUCGCGCCCGCACCCUCGCCCACCAGCAGUCGCGCCAGCACCUGCAGCAGCAGCAGCAGCGCACGCGCUCCAACUCGACCACCACGCCCGCCCUGCGCCGCCAGCCCUCGCGCUCCGUCAUCACCAAGGGCGCCGAGUCGCGCGGCGGGCCCAGCAUCGCGACCAUCCUCGCCAAGACGUACUACAACGUGCAGGGCCACCAGCCCGAGAGCCUCGACUGGUUCAACGUGCUCGUCGCGCAGACCAUUGCCCAGCUGCGCGCCGACGCCCGCCAGGACGACGCCGUGCUGGCCUCGCUGACCGACGUGCUCAAUGCCGGCAGCAAGCCCGCGUGGAUCGGGCCCAUCCGCGUCACCGAGAUUGCCCUGGGCGACGAGUUCCCCAUCUUCAGCAACUGCCGCGUCAUGCCCGCCGAGGACGGCUUCUGGUACGGCCCGUCCGCCGCCCGCGACUCCGACGGCCGCCUGCAGGCCCGCAUGGACGUCGACCUGGGCGACGUCAUCACCAUCGGCAUCGAGACGACGCUCAACCUCAACUGGCCCAAGCCGCUGACCGCCGUGCUGCCCGUCGCCCUGGCCGUGACCAUCGAGCGCUUCUCCGGCACCCUCGCCAUGUCCUUUGUGCCCUCGUCGUCGCCCGCCCCGCCCGCCGCCACCCCCAGCCCGCCCGCCCACGCCUCCGACCGCGACCGCGACCCGCCGCGCCCCUCGACCUCCUCGUCGAACCCGUCCGCCGCCAACCCCGCCCCGCACCGCCCCACCUCGCUCGCCUUCACCUUCCUCGACGACUACCGCCUCGACCUCUCGGUGCGCUCGCUGGUCGGCUCGCGCUCGCGCCUGCAGGACGUGCCCAAGAUCGCCCAGCUCAUCGAGGCCCGCGUGCACGCCUGGUUCGACGAGCGCGCCGUCGAGCCGCGCUUCCAGCAGAUCUCGCUGCCGUCGCUGUGGCCGCGGAAGCACAACACGCGCGGCGGCGCCACCGCGGACCCGGACGCCGACGCUGACCCCGAAGCCGACUGUGUCGAUGCGAGUGCCGUGCCGCUUGACGACCAUGUGGCCGUGCCCGCGGCCGGGCUGGGGCUGGACGUGCCGCAUGCGCCGCCCGCCGCGACGCUGGAGGAGCGCAUCGAGGCCGAGGGCGCCAAGCUGCGCGACGCUGAGAUCCGGGCGGGCGAGCGCAAGGCGCCGCGCAGAGGCGACGACGGCAUGCGGUGGAGGGGCGAGCCGGGCCGGGGCCGUGACGCCGACCGCCCGCAGGCACCGAAUCGGUUCAAGAGCGAGCACUACAGCGGCCAGAAGGGCAUGCCUGGUGCUAUGCUCGAGUAG